GGCGUAGUGGGCGCUUAGCGCCUUUGUUUGGGACCCACAAGAACAACGUCUUACCAUAAGUGCCCUCCCCCGAUCCUCAGAUAUUCGAAAGCGUCGGGAGGUGGUAGAAACGCCCAUGGCGAGCCUGACAAGUCUACUCAAUCCUCAGAAUCAUGUCGAGGGAAGUGAUAGCCACGAUAUUUCACCCCCACCAACCCAUGCGCUACCGUCACCAGCCUCUACAUCCCUCGAGAAUUCGUCUGAGGAUGUUCCCCGCUACACCCCGCCAAAUACGAUUGUGAAUAUACACCCCCCUCACCCACACUGUCCGGACACCCUAGCAUGUCUACCCGACACGAACGGCCGGCCACAACAUACUCUGCCAGUCAUAUUACGCUGCGCAAUCCUGGGCAGUGCGAAAAAGAGGCUCACAAUUCGGGAGAUAUACGCGGCCAUGGAGGAGAAAUAUCCGUAUUACAAGACUGCCGGUCCUACAUGGAAGCAAUCGGUCCGACACCAUCUGUCGCUGAACAGGUUAUUCGAGCGACAGCCACGGCCGGUCACCGACCCGGGAUUCGGCUCAUAUUGGACUGUCAAUCUCUCAGCACCACCGGGCACGAAGCGACCCCGCAAACGUGGGCGGACAAAUAAGGACGUCCCUCCAGAAGCACAGCCUGGGGCACCGAAGAAGAGAGGCCGUCCUCGCAAGAGUGCACAGGAUGACAGUGUCACCGGCUUGCCCUCUUUCACCACCCUUGCGAUGUCUGCGGACCGGACGCUUAAGAAAUGCAAGGUCUCUGCGCUGCGCACCGGAGGAAACGCCUGCACAGAAGAGGACGAAGACGAGCUCAUGGAGUAUGAGGACAGACCUUUCUCUGAGGACGAAUGCGAGAGCGAGGAACGGGAUCGUUUCAUACUGAGGAAGGCAACAUACGGUGAAGCAAGCGCAAGUCAGAGCGCUACCCAGAAGCUCUGCCACAUCCAGUCGGCUGACAUCGAGGGAACCCACACUCCCAAUGGAGAGGAUGAGUCCCCCGAAGCCAUGCUCGACCGUCUCAGGAUUGAAAUGGCAGGCCUGAAGAGACAGUCCGCUGACGCCGUCUCUCUGUCCGAGAGAAUGUCUGACCAGUUGAUGGAAGCGCAAGCUGAGGUGUCCCGGGCGAAACAGCGAUUGAGGGCUCUAGAGACUAUGUUAGAAGAAGAGGCCAGAAAGAGAAGAGAGGCGGAGAGGUUAGCUGAAGAGGCAGAACGACUGGCAGACGAGGAAGCGAAAAGGAGACGGGAGGUCGAGGAGGCGAUUAGGAGCAGAAACGAGUGGGUCGUGACCACACCACCUACCAGCGACUGAUGAAAGGAUAUCUCACCGGUCCACCGGAAGCGGGGGUCAAUGCCAGGCAGAAUAUAUUUAUGACCGCGGUUGCUUUGAAGGGUCGGAGACGCGUCUGAGUCCUGAUUCUGGUCUUCGUCCAACCGUGUAUCACAUUGCAUGCACCAUGCGCGCAUCGAGCUUCGCGCUCACUACUAUGUUUGUCCAAUUGAAGGACACAGUAAUACUGGCAAUGUUAGCUAUCGUGACACUGAAGUCGUCAUCAUUGACAUUUCUCGGCAUUGUACAUACCAGUCAUACUCGUGGCAAUAUCCUCGG